CACUUCCACCCAGCCGUACACGAAGGAGGAGGAGAAGAUGGCCGCCAUCCUGAGGGAAAGAAAAGAGAAGAAAGAGGCCAAGAAGAAGGCCCUACAGGAGGAGCAGGAGGCCAAGUUGAAGAAGAUAGAGGAAGAGAUGGCCAGAGAGAAGGAGAGAAUAAAGAAAGAAGAAGAGGAGAAGCUGAAAGAGGUGGAAGAGGAAGAGGAGGAAGAUGAAACGCCACUGCAAAGGAAGAGGGGGCAGUACAGUGGCAGCAAAGAUUAUGAGAUGGAAAAACGGAUUUCAGAGUGGGUCGCCAACCUAUCCCUGGGCGAAGAAAAAGAAGUGGCGAUGUAUAUUCCCAAGGAUGAGCAAGAAGCCGCUAUGAAAAAGUGGGACGCAGAAGAAGAUGUCCUGAAGCGGCAGGCGUUGGAAGACGAGAAAAAAAUGGAGUGGAAACUGGCAGUGAUGAGGGAGAAGAAGAGGAGAGUGGACGCUGCAGCAGAUGCGGCGGAAGAAUUGGAGGAGGUAAAAAAGAUAGAAGAGCAAUUAGCUGCCCAGGAUGAACUCCCAAAGAAAAUGGAGGUCAUAGCCCGAAACGUUGCACGCUUAGCGCGAAUUCAGGCAGAGCAGUAUGACUUCAGUAGGAGUCAGCAUAUAGUUGUGCGUUCAAUACGAUUGGGAUUUCGGGACUUUGCUCGUGAGCUGGUGGGAGUUGUAGGAACCGAGGUGGGCCAUCGCCUCGACAAGACUGAGCGGUUUUGUGCUGGCGCCAUUGAAGGCGUCAAGGCGGCAGCUCCCAAGGAGGAGGAAGCACGUCCUCGCCGGGAGCCGGUCAAAGUCAAAUUCCCUGAUUCCUACAGUGGAAAACGGGAAGAAAACUUUGACAAUUGGGAGGCCAAUGUCAAGACCUAUGUGCAUUUGCAACAGGUCUCCCCGGAUCAGCAUGUUCUAAUUGAGAUCCACGCGCUUAGAGAUGAGGCCGCCAGCUUCGCAAGGUCCCUAGUUCGUGCUGCCAACUGCAAUUAUGAUGCAGUUGCGUACUCGUCGUUCACUCCCCUCAUCGAUUUCCUGAAGUUGCUGUGCGAGCGAUUUGCUGAUGUCGCUCGUAGUGUUAAAGCCUCAGAUAGGCUGCAGACGAUCCACUCUCGUCAGUGGAAGAGUGCCAGGGCACUCAAGAGCACAAUGGAUGAAUUAGUGGUUGUACCUGACCACGGGGUCACCGACACCCAGUUGGUUGCCCUCUUCUAUCGGGCUAUACCCGAAGCCUUUCGAGGGCACUUCUUCGCGAAGAGCGAAGACCCUGCCACCACUUAUGAUUCCCUUAGCCGUGAGGUGGUAGCCUUCGAGGCAAAGUCUGUGUCAGUUUCCACCUUCUGGCACAAGGACUUGGACAAAGGCAAGAAGUGGAAAGGCCGCACUAUCUCUGGGCAAGUGAAGACUAAGGAUAGUCUUGUCCUAACUUUAGACGAGGGUAGUGUGGAUGAGAUCCCCUACGACCAGAUUGAGUGGGGGUUAGAGGAGGAGGACAGCGGUGUGGGCCAGGGGAGAACUUACGCUGCUGUCGCGGCUAGAGGGAGGCCGCAAGGAGGAGGACGAGGCCAGGGCCAAGGGGGCCGGGCCUCAGGGAGCCGGUCUCAGGGCGAUCAGGGGGUUGGCGGCAGAGGAGGAAACGGCCAAGCGGGAGGAAGGGGUCAAGGCGAUGUCAACACUGCGCGUCUGUACCAUGUGUCAGGAGUAGAUAACUCCUUGGCACAUUGCUGCCUUAGUGCUCCUGCGUUUGCACGAUUAGUGAAAAAGGAGCAACUAGAAGAACAGGUUUUCAUAGCCUAUGUUAGGCCAGUCACUGAGCCUAAAGAAGAAGAGCCUAUAGACCCUGCUAUUGCCCAACUGCUUGAAGAGUUUAAGGACCUAGCUGAGUCGCCGACAGGAACAGUGUCGCGGCCCAUCCAGCACCGUAUUGAGAUAGAGCCUGGCAGUAGAACUCCUAAGGGCGUUGUGUAUAGGAUGUCCCCACGGGAGUUGGAGGAGCUUCGCAAGCAAUUGGACGAGCUCCUUGAAAAGGGUUGGAUUAGGCCCAGUUCGUCUCCUUUUGGAGCACCUGUUCUCUUUGUCCCCAAGAAGGAGGGAGAGCUAAGGAUGUGUAUAGACUAUAGAGGUCUGAAUGCUAUUACAUUGAAGAAUGCUGAACCACUGCCGAGGAUAGACGAUCUUCUAGAUCGAGUGCAGGGGUGCAAGUAUUUCUCUAAGAUAGAUUUGAAGUCCGGAUAUCAUCAGAUAGAGGUUCACCCUGAUGAUCAGUACAAGACCGCGUUCCGGACUAGAUAUGGGCAUUAUGAGUUUAUAGUGAUGCCCUUUGGACUAACCAAUGCGCCAGCAACUUUCCAGCGGUGUAUGAAUGACCUGUUUAGGCCUUGGUUAGAUAGGUUUGUCGUAGUUUAUCUAGAUGAUAUAUUAGUGUUUAGCAGGACCCUCGAAGAGCAUCAGGGUCAUCUCAGGCAGGUCCUGGAGAAGCUGAGGGAAGCUAACUUCAAGAUUAACGCAAAGAAGUGUGAGUGGGCGAAGACCCAAGUUUUGUAUUUAGGCCAUGUCUUAGAUGGAGACGGCAUCAAGCCCGAAGACAACAAGAUUGCAGCGAUUAGAGAUUGGCUGACACCACGUACGUUGACAGAGUUGCGGUCGUUCUUAGGCGUAGCGAACUACUAUAGGAAGUUUGUGAGGAACUUCUCCACCAUCGCUGCACCCCUUCGCAGAUUGCUCAGGAAGGAGACCAUCUGGAAGUGGGAUAAGGACUGCACGUCUGCUAUGAACAAGUUGAAACAGCAUUAAUAGAAUAUCCAGUCCUUAAGGUAGCCGAUCCAUCCUUGCCCUUUGUCGUCACUACGGACGCUAGUCAGUAUGGCAUAGGUGUU